AUGAGUUUUGGGGGUAAUCUACAAAGGCAUAGUAAUUCAAAAUGGAAGAACACUCCUUCUGGGACGUUGAAUUUGGAUGAAAGAAAUAGUGUCAAAGUAGAAGCAUCAAAUAUUCCACGGCUAAAUAUGAAUCAUGGAUUUAUCAAAAGUAUUGUGAGAAAUCAAAUUGAUAGGGAUGAAUACGAGAAGCUGGUAUCAGAAAGAAGUGUCACAUCGUCGUUUCGCCAUUUAGAGAAGCCUAGGAAAACAUGUGAUCCACUACUCUUAUAUAUACCUCCUCAUCUACGUAAUAUUAAUGAGAAAACUACGAAGAAGGAAGAAAAUUCUGAUAUAAAGGAUGAGAAAGAAGAAUUGCGUAAAGAAAUUAGACGACGUCUAAUAGAACAAAUGGCAAAAGAAGGACAUGAGAGAUUACAAAUGACUGCAGAAACGGUCGUUCACAGUUCGACUUUAAUAAAACGAAAUGCAGACACAAGAAGACGUCCAGAUUCUUUGCGGAAUGUACCGCUUUUUAAGCUCAAUAUUCGCGGUCAGGACGGUAAUCCGGUAGAGCAAAUUGUACGCGCGAAUGAUAACAGUGCACGUGUUGCCAAGGCUUUAACAAGGCAACUGGAACUUACUGAUGGUCAGUGCCGUUUGUUGCGAAAUCGAAUUGAAGAAGAGUUGGAAAAACGUUUAGCAGCUUAA